AUGUCCAGUGGGAGCGCAUCGUUCACUGAUACGGCGAUACACGGCAAGCUGGAACCACCGAGAUCGCUGCACGGUGUCGAGGAUGCCGAGGUCAUUUGGGACACGAUCACGCGGCGAUUUCCGAAUGCGGCACCGCUUCUCUGCGAGAUGGAAACAGUGAUCGAACGAGCGGAGGAUCUGCUGCAGCAGCUUAGAACGCCUUGCACUCAGGGAAAUGACACGUCCAGCUCGUUUCACACACCGGAUUCCCGGGAAUCUAACGCGACGAUUUCGAUGGUGUCCGACAUAGAAUCGUUUGCCGAAGAAACAAAUAUUUCAGAACAUUGUGAAGUCACCGAGAAUGUUGAAAUGCAAUUGAAAGUGCAGAAUAUUCACGAAAAGCAAGUGGAUUUAGAGUCUCAACAUUGUAAUGAACAAUCUAUUCAGUGCGAAAAGAAACACCCCUAUCAGGAACAUAAUUUGAAUUCACCUUUAAGAGUCGACGAGAUUGUUGAACAUUUCAAAACAAACUCGAUAAAUAAAUGUCACAAUUUCGAAGAGGAAUUAAAUACUAAUAUAAAGGAUAACAUUGACGAAGCAAUCAAUAUGAGUUCGGAGGAAAGAUUAAUGAAAGCAGUGGGUGAAGUAAAUAGUUUGGAAGGAUGGACAAACAUAACUAAUAAUGCACUGUGUAAAUAUCAUGAUGAGAUAGAAAGUAUAAAAUUUAUUUCACUUUUAAUUAUUUUGGAUAAUGUGCCAGCAAUGUCGUGUGCCGCGACCAAAGAUCUGGCCAAAAAUGAAUGGGCAGCAAAAAUAUUGUGGAUGAUAGCCGUGCGUCAGAUGGAUGGCUCGAAAUCUGUUGGUGGAUUAUUAGAUUUCUCGAGGGAAGAGAUGUUAGAGAUAAUAGAACUUAAAGGCGAAUUGAAGAACGCGUCGCAAAAACUCUACAAAUUUUGUCUCGAGAAAGGAGAAUCUAUUCCGAAGUAUACUAUUGGCAAUACAACAACACAUCAAGGAUUUACAUACACAGCUCAAUGUGCGGCUUUAGAUCAUGUCGGAGUUGGACAAGGAUUAAGAAUAGAUAGCGCUAAAAUUGCUGCUGCUGAAAAUCUAUAUCAGAAAUAUAUUUGUGAGAACUGGUUAACAACGACGACGGUUGCACUGUGCACCCUCAAGAAAAGCGCAUUUUACGGAUUCGCCUGUCGGCGUCGGCUGGCAUCGGCGGUAUUCAAAUUCCGUGGCAGGACUGCAAGCGAAGGCACAUCGGGACGACGUGAUCGAGAGAACGUAGGACGCUGUUUUGCGUCGUCCAACCGCGAGUGUUUUCUAGAAAAUUGCCGCAUCGUCGAAGGCCCAAUGUCAGGGAUAGCGAUAGCCAGGCUCGCUGAGGAGCGUAAAGCAUGGAGGAAGGAUCAUCCGUUCGGAUUUGUAGCUAGACCAACAAAAAAUCCAGACGGUUCCCUUAACUUGAUGAGUUGGGAAUGUGCGAUACCUGGAAAGAAAUCUACUCCUUGGGAGGGUGGCCUGUACAAGUUACGUAUGAUUUUCAAAGAUGACUAUCCUUCAAGCCCACCAAAAUGUAAAUUUGAACCUCCUCUAUUCCAUCCAAACGUUUAUCCAUCAGGCACUGUGUGUUUGUCGCUUUUGGAUGAAGAGAAAGACUGGCGACCAGCUAUCACAAUUAAGCAAAUCCUCCUUGGUAUUCAGGAUUUAUUGAACGAGCCAAAUGUGAAAGAUCCAGCUCAAGCCGAAGCUUAUACAAUAUAUUGCCAAAAUCGUUUGGAAUAUGAAAAGCGUGUUAAAGCUCAAGCCAGAGCAAUGGCUCCACAGGAAUAAGUCACAAGAAUUGUCGACUCGACAUAUUUAAAAUAUGUGAGAAAGAUAUUGUAUGUGGAUAACACAUCAUAAACUGAUUCAUAGCUCUUUAUAAUUAAUCUUUUUUACGAGUAAUUAAUAUAUGUUGUAACUAGUUAAGUAGUUCAUGGUCUUAAUGUUUAUUUAUCGAAUAUUGUCUUUAUUCAAUGUGUAUAUUUUUCAAAAUUUCAAAAUGUAGUGUAUACUAAUAUACGAAAAUCACAUAUAAAUCACAUAUAAAUUCUUUCGCACAUAAAUAAUUCUUAUUAAUAUUAAGAACUAUGUUAUAAGAUAUGUAUACUUUAAGGCAGAAUUAUUUUUUGAUCAGCCCUUUAAUUUUUAAGUCUUACAAAUAAUUACUGAUGUUAUUUUUAAAACAGUGAUAUGAGAGAAAUUAAAAAAUAGCUGCUAUUAAAUAAAUAUCUAUCGUAUCAA